UCACUUGCAAAAUUCACAAUCAACACUUUGCAUGCUUGUUCAUUCCAUCAUCUCUAUAAAUAGAACGUUUUAGUUUUUCUCUGUUCAUUCUUUUAUCUGUAGAAGCUUCUUCUAUAAAGAUAUGGAGAAAAAGUUAGUAGUGAAAUAUAAAGAGUGUCUCAAAAACCAUGCAGCUGCAAUUGGUGGCAAUGCGACUGAUGGAUGUGGUGAGUUCAUGGCUAGUGGAGAUAACGACACACUUGAAGCUCUUAACUGUUGUGCUUGUGAUUGCCACAGAAACUUCCACCGAAAAGAAAUAGUGUAUGAUUCUCAAAAUUAUGCUCUUUCAUUGAUUCCUGAUCAUAACAUUAAUGCACCCUUCUUGGCUCAUUUAUCUCCAAUCAAAAGUGAAUCAAAUAGUCCUUCUGAUCAGUCUUACUAUGAGAAAGAUUGUAUAAAGGAGGUGGAAAAUCGAACCGAAAAGAUGAUUAAGAAGAGGUGUAGAACCAAGUUUACUAAAGAACAGAAGGAGAAGAUGUUGUGUUUUGCAGAAAAAGCUGAGUGGAAGAUACAGAAGCUAGAAGAAUCUGUGGUGCAGAUGUUUUGUCAAGAGAUUGGAAUCAAGAGAAGAAUACUCAAAGUGUGGAUGCACAAUAAUAAGAACACUUUUGCCAAGAGAAAUGUUUCUAGUAUUAUUUAAAUAUAUAUAGCAUGAGGCCCCUGUUAAAGAAAUAAAACUCAAAGACGAUCCUGUGCGGUGUGGUAGUCUGUUUUGUACGCCCUCAAAGAUGGUCCUGAUACAUGGUUUAUCGAAUCUGAUGUAUCCGAUUUUAUGGUUAAAAGAAAUGAAAUUCAGCCAAUAUGUGAUUCUUAUAGAUAUAUUGAUAUAUGAAAGGUUACCACUAUAAUAAUACAGAAAAUACAUCCCACCCAACAAGAACAAUUUAGAAGAAACCAUACACAUACACUGAUACACAUUUAGAUUACAUUAUAUAACAUGCUUAUAUAAUGUUAUUUUUAACUAACUAAUGACAAUCAUCAACCAUAACAAUUAUUAGUUAAUUUUGCGGCAAUUGUCUCGAACUUCACCAUUAGAACCUUGUUUAAUAUCAAGCAAACCCAUCUUCACCAUC